CAGUUUGAUCGUCCAUUUUCACAGGGCACGGCCUCGUUUAUAGUGUUCACCUACCAGACAGACAAUUCGUGCUGUUAUCUCGCCGAAAAAUGUCGUCGUCCACCUUGAGACCAGCUUCCUGUCGACUUCCUCCGGUGACCAGAGGAAGUGGGUCCCAAUCAAAAGUGUUAAAAGUCGAAAUGGUGAAAAGGCCAGCUCUUCCUUGUCUUCAGGCAACCAGAAAGGAAGAAAAACCACUAUUGCAGGAUUUGUUCAAGGCCACCUCAAGGAGGGAGAUAAUGCAUUUGGCAGCUGCAUCAUUAGGUUUUCUUUCUCUUCUCUUACCAGAGACUGCUGAAGCACGUACCAGAAAUGCCGACAUUAGGAAGAAGAUCUUGAAGAAGCUUGAAGAGCUCAGGGAGAAAGCUGGCUUUUCGAAGCCAAAAGUUGAAGGCCAAGAGAAGAACCCAAAAGAUGAAGAUGAAGAAAAAAAGUCGAAUGCAAAAAUUGAAGCUGAAGAAAAAAAUACAAAGCCAAAUGACGAAAUUGAAGGAAAGAAGGCCACACCUCAGCAUUCUACAGCUCCACCAUCAGAAGGUCUUCCUUUGCCCCUUCCAAGCAUCAUAAAUGGCAAAAUGGUGGAAACAAAUAUCUCCUAAUGAAAGCAUGUCGCUAUCAUAACAUAGAUAUUUUCACAAUCUACUGAAGAAAAAUGGUUUCGAAUUUUCUGUGUUGUUUCAUUUAACGAUACUAAUUCUGAUCAUCAACUGAGGCUUUAACAUUUUCACUUGUGUGUACGAUGCUGGGAGUUUUCUCAACAAUGAAGAAUAAAGUUUUGUUUUUGUGAA